GUUCUGCUGGUCACCCCACCCAGAUAUGCUACAGAUGGGUAAACUGAGGCCCUAGGAGCUGGGGCAUUUCCAGGGCUCCAUGGUGAGUGAAUCGGGAGCCUGCUGAGAAGCUCUCUGUGACGGGGGCCCUUCUCUGCGCUUGUCGCUCCUUCCUUUAGGUCUAGGGUCUCCAGCAGUCUGAGGAGGGCCGCUGUUGUGCAGGCUUCUGGAACUUUCCGCCCCUCCCUGGCUGGGCCCUCUUGCCUCUCCGUCCCCAUCCCCCACAUGGCCAUGACUUUCAGUAAGUGACAGCAGCUCAGGAAGCCGAGGGGCCCACACAGGAAGGAGCCCAGUGGGACUUUCCUCCUGCUGCCUCCCGCUCUGCCUGCAGUCCUUGGCCCAGGGUCCCCUGCUGCCAGGCUACACCUAUGGCGCCUCCCAGUGAGGAGACGCCCCUGAUCCCUCAGCGUUCCUGCAGCCUCUCGUCUUCAGAGGCUGGUGCCCUGCACGUGCUGCUGCCCCCUCGGGGCCCCGGACCCCCACAGCGCCUAUCCUUCUCCUUUGGGGACCAUUCAGCUGAAGAGCUAUGUGUCUGGGCUGCUAAGGCCAGUGGCAUCCUGCCCGUGUACCACUCCCUCUUUGCUCUGGCCACGGAGGAUCUGUCCUACUGGUACCCCCCGAGCCACAUCUUCUCCGCGGAGGAUGCAGGCACCCAAGUCCUGGUCUACAGGCUCCGCUUUUACUUCCCCAACUGGUUUGGGUUGGAGAAGUGCCACCGCUUCGGGCUACGGAAGGACCUCGCCAGUGCCAUCCUUGACCUGCCCGUCCUGGAGCACCUCUUUGCCCAGCACCGAAAUGACCUGGUGAGCGGCCGCCUCGCCGUGGGCCUCAGUCUCAAGGAGCAGGGUGAAUAUCUCAGCCUGGCGGUGCUGGACCUGGCUCGGAUGGCCCGGGAGCAGGCCCGGCAGCCUGAGGAGCUGCUGAAGACGGUCAGCUACAAGGUCUGCCUGCCCCCCGAUCUGCGCGACCUGAUCCAGGGCCUGAGCUUCGUGACGCGGAAGCGCAUCCGGAGGACUGUGCGCCGGGCCCUGCGCCGCGUGACCGCCUGCCAGGCUGACAGGCACUCGCUCAUGGCCAAGUACAUCAUGGACCUGGAGAGGCUGGACCCGGCCAGGGCCGCCGAGACCUUCCUCGUGAGCCUCCCCGGGGCUGCUGGUGGUCAGGAUGCUCCGGGGCUGCUCCGAGUGGCUGGUGACAGCGGCAUCCACUGGAGUCCAGGAGGAGAUGAGGCCCUCCAGCCCUUCUGUGACUUUCCAGAAAUUGUAGACAUCAGCAUCAAGCAGGCUCCUCGUGUUGGCCCGGCUGGGGAGCACCGCCUGGUCACCGUCACCAGGACAGACAACCAGAUCCUGGAGGCUGAGUUCCCGGGGCUGCCUGCGGCCUUGUCCUUCGUGGCGCUCGUGGACGGCUACUUCCGGCUGACCUCCGACUCCAGGCACUUCUUCUGCAAGGAGGUUGCGCCGCCGCGGCUGCUGCAGGAGGUGGCUGAGCAGUGCCACGGUCCCAUCACCUUGGAUUUUGCCAUCAACAAGCUCAAGACUGGAGGUUCCCUUCCCGGCUCCUAUGUUCUCCGCCGCAGCCCCCAGGAUUUCGACAGCUUCCUCCUCACUGUCUGUGUCCAGACUCCCCUGGGUCCUGAUUACAAGGGCUGCCUCAUCCGGUGCGACCCCAUGGGAACCUUCUCCCUGGCUGGCCUUGGCCGUCCCCACAGCAGCCUUCGAGAGCUCUUGGCAGCCUGCUGGGAUGGUGGGCUGCAUGUGGACGGGGUCGCGCUGAACCUCACUUCCUGCUGCACCCCCAGACCCAAAGAAAAGUCCAACCUGAUUGUGGUGCGGAGAGGUUGCAGCUCCCUCUCAUCGUCCCUUGUCCAGCCCCAAGCCCAAUGCCAGCUGAGUCAGAUGACGUUUCACAAGAUCCCUGCUGACAGCCUGGAGUGGCAUGAGAACCUGGGUCAUGGGUCCUUCACCAAGAUUUACCGAGGUUGUCGCCAUGAGGCUGUGGACGGGGAGCCCAGGGAGACGGAGGUGCUACUCAAAGUGAUGGAUGCCAAGCACAAAAACUGCAUGGAGUCAUUUCUGGAAGCAGCGAGUUUGAUGAGCCAAGUGUCAUAUCAGCAUCUCGUGUUGCUUCAUGGCGUGUGCAUGGCUGGAGACAGUGUCAUGGUGCAAGAAUUUGUGCGUCUGGGAGCGCUGGAUACAUAUCUGCGCAAGUCUGGCCACCUGGUGCCGGCCAGCUGGAAACUGCAGGUGAUCAAACAGCUGGCCUAUGCCCUCAACUAUCUGGAAGACAAAGGUCUCCCCCACGGCAAUGUCUCAGCCCGGAAGGUGCUCUUGGCUCGGGAGGGGGCUGAUGGGAACCUGCCCUUCAUCAAGUUGAGUGACCCUGGCGUUAGCCCCACUGUGCUGAGCCUGGAGAUGCUCACUGACAGGAUCCCCUGGGUGGCCCCCGAGUGUCUCCAAGAGGCCCGGACACUUGGCUUGGAAGCUGACAAGUGGGGUUUUGGUGCCACGGUCUGGGAAGUGUUCAGCGGGAUCCCGAUGCCCAUCAGUGCCCUGGAUCCUGCCAAGAAGCUCCAGUUUUAUGAGGAACGGCAGCAACUUCCUGCCCCCAAGUGGAUGGAGCUGGCCACACUGAUCCAACAGUGCAUGGUCUACGAGCCAGGCCAGAGGCCCUCAUUCCGCGCCAUCAUCCGUGAUCUGAACAGUCUCAUCACCUCAGAUUAUGAGCUCCUCUCAGACCCCACGCCUGGUGCCUUGGCGCCCCGUGACGGGCUGUGGAAUGGCGCCCAGCUCUAUGCGUGCCAGGACCCUACAAUUUUUGAGGAGAGACAUCUCAAGUACAUCUCACAGCUGGGCAAGGGCAACUUUGGCAGCGUGGAACUGUGCCGCUAUGACCCAAUGGGUGACAACACGGGCGCCCUGGUGGCUGUGAAGCAGCUUCAGCACAGCGGGCCAGACCAGCAGAGGGACUUCCAGCGGGAAAUCCAGAUCCUCAAAGCGCUCCACAGCGACUUCAUCGUCAAGUACCGCGGCGUCAGCUAUGGCCCGGGCCGCCAGAGCCUGCGGCUGGUGAUGGAGUACUUGCCCAGCGGCUGCCUGCGCGACUUCCUGCAGCGACACCGCGCGCGCCUCGACGCCAGCCGCCUGCUUCUCUACGCCUCGCAGAUCUGCAAGGGCAUGGAGUACCUGGGCUCCCGCCGCUGCGUGCACCGCGACCUGGCGGCUCGUAACAUCCUGGUGGAGAGCGAGACGCACGUCAAGAUCGCCGACUUCGGCCUUGCCAAGCUGCUGCCACUCGACAAAGACUACUACGUGGUCCGCGAGCCCGGCCAGAGCCCCAUCUUCUGGUACGCCCCAGAGUCCCUCUCCGACAACAUCUUCUCGCGCCAGUCUGACGUCUGGAGCUUCGGGGUCGUCCUGUACGAGCUUUUCACCUACGGCAGCAAGAAUUGCAGCCCCUCGGCCGAGUUUCUGCGGAUGAUGGGAUGUGAGCGAGAUGUCCCCGCCCUCUGCUGCCUCCUGGAGCUGCUGGCUGAGGGUCAGAGGCUGCCCGCGCCUGCUGCCUGCCCUGGUGAGGUUCAUGAGCUCAUGAAGCUGUGCUGGGCCCCGAACCCGCAAGACCGGCCAACAUUCAGUGCCCUGGGCCCCCAGCUGGAUGCACUGUGGAGCGGAAGCCGGGGAUAGCGCAGCGUGUGAGACUCACGCCUUCCCCACUUGUCCGAAGGGAGAGCCCCGCGCACUUCAUUUUUAUCUCUCCCGCACGCACACCUCUGGGUUCUGGUCUUUGCGGACUGGCUGUGUGACCUCCGACAAGAAGUUGCCCAUCUCUGGGCUUCCUGCUUCACAGAGAUCCCCAUGGGGCAAUGACAUUGCAUGGGGAGUGGUACCCCUGGCUUGUGGGACAACGACAGUCUUGGGGCCUUAGGAACUGGAAAAGAUUCAAGACAAAUGCCUUGGGGGUGAGGUGCACCCCCCGGAAUUGAGGAACCAAACUGAAGCCCCGCGCAUCUUCCUCCCGUCUCAGGAUUUGGUCCUGUCUUCCCGUCUCAGUGAAGACGGUGCAUAGCUUUAAAUACACGAUCUCAGGCGUCUGUCCCCCUCCCUCCUUUGCUGGAGGAAGCCACAGACAAGAGCAGCUGCCCUGGCCCUGGUUGGAAACUUGCUUUUGGGGGCCAGGAGAGGGCUGGGGUCACAGUCCACCCUAACUGUACCAGAGCGUCUCAGGGCUUCAUGUUUGCUCAUUUGCACGCCGGGGCCCUUUCUGUCCUGACCAGAAGGUCACGCAGUUGAUGACACUGGAGACUUACAGGAGCUCCACGGCAGUUAAGAGAAGGAAAGGUAUUCUUGGCAGAGGGAACAGCAUGGUGCGAGUGAGGAGGCUCAGAGUACAGAGGUGAAGAGCCCACGGUUCUGCCACUUAUUUGCUGUGUGAUGGCGGCCAAGGUGCCUCCCCUUUCUGGGGGUCAGUUUAUCUCCUGUAGAAUGGGCAGAUUAAUGGUGCUGGCCUCCAGCUGUGCAGUCAGCUUCUAGAGCCUCGUGAGAAGGCGUCUUGUGCAGGCUAAGGAACCCUCACGUCUUCUCGACUGCCUGCAGUCUUUUCUGCAACUUUUGCUCCCCUGGAAAACUCUUAUUUAUCUCUCAAAACCCCAGCUAUGCCCUCCCUGCAGCCUUCCCUGCCGUGCCUCCACCACUUCUCACCGGCCCUGUGCUUCCCUCUGACACCGGGGCUGGGGAGUCUGUCCAGAUCCAGACAUGGAUCUGGACAGAGCCUCCUCUGACUUGGAGGCUCCCUGGGGGCUGGGCUGUGGUGGGCACCAAGGGGACUCUGGGACUGUUUAUUGAGUGAAUAAAGUUCAGUGGAAAGAC